AUGGGAAUCUGCCAUGGAAGCACAAAAAACAACAAUGGGUAGUUGAAGUAAGUGAUGGCCAAGGUCAGAAAAUCUUAAGAUAUUGACAUCAUCUUAAAGGAGACAACCGAAACUUAUACUACAUAUAACCCAUACAUGAAUCCCAUUCUCAAUCGUCGUUUGAGGGAGUAAUCCACUCCAACUUAUUCAAAUGUUCAACAAUGA